AUGGCCACCUUUGUCGACGCGGUGCUGCACCAGCCCGAGCUGGCGGCCGUCGUCUUUGGCUAUCAACAUGGCGUCUAUGAAGACGUCGUGAGUCGGUUCCGCGACUUCCACCGCCUCGUCGACUUCAUGCAGCUGCCGGAUGACCCCUGCUGGGACGACGAGUACCCGCCCAACACCAUCGGCGUGCGCACGCUCUGCCUCAAUGUGCUCAACACGCGGGAUCCUCGCUUUCCGCUGCAUUUUGCGAUCCUCCAAGGCGACCUGGCAGCGACCAAACGUAUCCUGCGCUGCCGCCCCGACCUCGCGUACCAAGAGGCCAUCCAAGCUGCGAUUAAACAGGAUCAUCUUGACAUCGCCACGUACCUCUUGGAGCAGCGGGUGACGCAAGUGCCAGAGCUCAACCGCAACUUCGACGACGAGUACCACGGCCGGCCGUCGCGGCUUCUCGACGAUUGGCUACCCUCAUGCCGCUCGACGCUCUACAAGAACGAUGCGUCCAUUUUGGCGCUGCUAUGGGCCCAUCGUCAACGCGACUGGGACAGCGACAGCCUUGUCCCCAUAGCGCUCCAAGCUUACGCGCUCGAAGCACUUGGGUUCUUGAUCGCGCAUCUGCCACCGUCGGGGCUACGCGGCGCUUUGGAUCCGGUGGCCAGGCAAGGUCAUUUGCCUCUGGUCAAGACUUUGCAUGCCCGGGGACUCUCCUGCACAACCAAGGCAAUGGACCGGGCUGCCGCCAAUGGCCACCUCGACGUCGUCACCUUCUUGCACGAGAAGAGAAGCGAAGGCUGCACGACCGAGGCAAUGGAUUGGGCUGCCGCCAAUGGCCACCUCGACGUCGUCACCUUCUUGCACGAGAAGAGAAGUGAAGGCUGCACGACCGAGGCAAUGGACCGGGCUGCGGUCAGCGGUCAUCUCGAUGUUGUCACCUUCUUGCACGAGAAGAGAAGCGAAGGCUGUACGACCAAGGCAAUGGACCGGGCCGCCUUCAACGGUCAUCUCGAUGUCGUCACCUUCUUGCACGAGAAGAGAACCGAGGGCUGCACGAUGGCAGCGCUCAGCGGUGCGACGGUCGAGGGCCACCUCGAUGUCGUUCGGUUUCUCGUCGCGCACCGUGACGAGGGUGCGUCUUGUGUCAUUCUGGACUCGGCGGCCGCCGAAGGCGAGCUAGACAUCGUUACCUAUCUGAACGAGCUCGGGCGUUUUCCGUGCACGACCUCCGCCGUCGACGAAGCCGCGAAGAACGGGCACCUCGACGUCGUGGACUACCUCUUGACGCAUCGACGCGAAGGUGGAAGCCGAGACGAUGCCGUGCGAGGAGCUCUUGAUAACGGUCACAUUGAGAUCGUCCAGCGCCUUGUCGCGGCGGGAUACCCCCUUCCGACAACCAACCGCAGCAUCAAGAGAGUGAUGCGCAAGCCAGGUGCCCUCGCGCUGCUGCAGCUCUACGUCGCACAAGGUGUUCCGCUGCCAUCCUCUUCGGCAAAACAUGUACAAAAGUACGGUGGCGAUGACAUUGCUCAGCUUUACCUUCAACAUGCACCAGCGGCAUUGUCGCCCAAGUACCCCAUUCCAGUAAUAUGGCAAUAUGGCCUUGAUGAAAUUGAGACGGCACUCUUUAACAAAGACCUCGACUUGAUCUCGGAGCAAUGGACCAGGGACAGCGAAGAAGGCCCAUUUCCAUCGUGCAUGAAUACAUCCUCAUGA